AUGAAGCUCGGAUGGUUAGCCGCCGGGAUUUUCGGAGCCGUCCACCUCGUUCAACCCGCAUACGCAACUAAACUUCUUCAAGCAAAAUCUCUGACACCAUGUUCGGACGACGGUCAAAUUGGAAUCGACUAUUUCAGUAUUGUUUUUACUCCUGGCAAUAACAGCGCCGCCGUCAGUUUCGAGGGUUCCAUUCAAUACACUGGUUAUGUUCUGUUGGAUGUAGAGGUUCUGGCCUACGGAUAUCAGAUUCUUUCCAAAACCGUUGAUCCUUGCAGCUUCGGCACAGUUUCUGGACUAUGUCCCUUGAAACUAACCAGUCUGAGUAUUCCAUCUGCCACAUUGACUGUCGCAAGUGAUGCUUUAUCAGGUUUACCAGACAUCACUUAUUCCGUCCCCGAUCUCGAUGCCAUCGUUCGUCUGAAAGUUGUAACAAAAGACACAAAAACUGCCAUCAGUUGUGUCGAAACCCGCGUUACCAAUGACAAAACAGUUGAUCAAGAGGCUGUUGCCUGGGUUCUUUCCGUUAUCACCGGAGUUGGUCUCGUGACUAGCAUCAUUCUCUCGAUUCUCGGACAUUUUAAUAUCGCGACCCAUAUCACCUUCCGAACAUUGCUACUCCUCGGUUUCAUGCAGAGUCAGGCCAUGGCUGGAUUGAGCGCCGUGCAAUUCCCGCCGAUUGCCCAGUCCUAUACGCAAAUGUUUGAAUGGUCUGUUGGAAUCGUUCAUGCGAACUUCUUGAAUACCAUAUGUACAUGGUUCCAACGUGCAACAGGUGGUACUCCUUCCACCCUGCUAGCGGAGGAUGGCAAGGAAUCAGUCUUUUUGGCCAAGCGAGCCUUCAGCGAGUCUGCGAAAUUAAUAUCCAGAUCUUAUGACACCACCGUCAACGGUACCGAACAAACAGUCCGAGGUAUCGAGCGCGUGGGUUUCCGCAUCAAUAUCCCAAAGACCAACGUUUUUAUGACCUCCUAUCUUUUCUACUACUUUGUCGCAGUCUGCAUGAUAAUCGUCGUCUUAUUCUUUUCCAUGGUCUUGCCCGCCAUUAACAAAAAGGCGAGAUCGACCCAGAUCGAGCGGGGAGGAUCUACUACCGAUUGGAAGACCUUUUUGCGUGGCAGUCUUUACCGAGUCGUGGCAUUGGGGUAUCCGCAGAUCUGUGCUCUGGCUAUGUGGGAAAUGGUGGUGCGAGACUCGGCCGCUGAAGUCGUGCUUGCAAUUACCAUGUGGUUAAUUAUGUCGGCCGUUUUAGCCUUCGCUGCUUUCAAGGUCGUCCACCGCGGCUUCUCAUCCCGGGCCUUGAACGAAAGCCCCGCCUACACACUCUACUCCGACCCCGUUUGCAUGACUAAGUGGGGUUUCCUCUAUAUCAACUAUAAAGCCCAGUACUACUGGUUCAUGGUUCCGGCUCUGGUCUAUACUGUCGUGAAGGGCAUGAUCAUCGCAUUUGCUCAGACCAACUGGGAGGCACAGGCUAUCGUUCUUUUGAUCCUGGAAGCCGGAAUGCUGGUAGCAACAUGCGUGGUCCGACCCUACAUGGACCGACAAGCGAAUUCAUUCGCCAUCACCAAUUGCGUGUUCAUCUUCAUCAAUUCAAUCUUUUCCCUCGUUUUCUCUGGCAUUUUCGAUGCGCCUCAAAUGGUGUCCAGUGUUAUGGCUGUCUUAUGGGCACUAUUCAGCGCCGUCUGGACACUGACUCUCCUAAUCUGGCUUCUAAUAAGCUUCUAUUACGCCUUCACCCUCAAGGAACCGACCGAGAAGUACAAGCGCAUCGACAGCCGUAAUUCCUUCCGUCUCUCCGAGAACAGAAUGACUACAGAACUUCUACCCCUCGAGAAGACCGCCAGAGGCGAUGACAGCCCUCCUUCAUCUCGCUGGAACAUCGACGAAUCGGCGCAUGCCCAGUCCAACAGUGAACUCCAGUCACAUCUACGACAGCAAGGAUCUCGUUGGAACGUCGAAACGGCCGUGCCUCACGAUCACAACAACGAGAAAAUCCAAAGUCCCCUAUCACCCUUUAAUGACGUUCUGGAACCUACCCUUCCUUUGAUUCCCAGCAGUACUCACAGCUCAGCGAGGAGAUCACCGCAACAAAAUGCGCCCCCGCAUGUUCCCAACGAAAAUCUUGUCUGA